AUGGUUCUAUUCUUCACUUCUACUGCAAUGGACCCGCCCGUUACGAUUUACAUGGGCAAGGACAAAUUCGAAAACGAAGACCUAAUCAAAUAUGCAUGGCCACAAGACGUGUGGUUCCAUGUUGACAAGCUCUCGAGUGCACAUGUCUACGUACGUUUACCAGAGAGUGUACCGUCAUGGGAGGGGAUACCCCAGGCUGUGCUUGACGAUGCAGCGCAGCUUGUCAAAGCGAACUCGAUCGAAGGGAAUAAGAAAGAUAAUCAAACGAUCAUAUACACGCCGGCAAGUAAUCUCAAAAAAACAGGUGAUAUGGCAGUUGGCCAGGUUUCGUUUCACAGUGACAAGAAAGUGAGUACCUUUCGUCGUUCUAGUAAUAUUGUUCUAGACCGAUGGAGAAGAAUACGUAGGUCAAACGAGGUAAGAGUCGUGCAUCAUCACACUCUCUCCGGUAUUUUGGUGAACCAUAACACCGAUCCGUUGCUAGUAUACGUUGAGAAGCGAGAAAACGCUAUCGUGAAUCGAUUGAACAAGACAAAGGUCGAACGCGAGGUUGACCAUGAGGCAGAACGCGUCGAACGACUUAGGAAAGAGAAAGAAGCCAGCAGAGUUUUCGCUGCUACCAAGCGAAAAGAAGCGGAGGAACUUGCAAAGCAACGAGCAGCGGAGAAAGCUGCUCGAGAUUAUGCGUUGUUGGACGUUGUGGACCCGGAAGACGGCGAGGCGACGAACGAGCCGAAGAGUGUACAGGAGAUGAUGGACGAUUUCAUGUAA